AUGUUAUCACCAUUGUCAUCAAAUAACGAUGAGGAUGAUUCAAAUAUCAUUGAUUUAUUAUAUCAUUUAUGCAAAGAAAAUGAAGUAGAAAAAGUUCAAAAUAUUUUACCUUUUAUUGGUAAUAUAAAUAUUAUAAAUAAAAUCCAAAGUUCAACUGGCUCAACAUGUUUGCAUGUAGCAUGUUAUUAUGGACAUGGAGAUAUGGUUAAAAUUUUAUUAGAAUAUGGGGCUCUACAUUGCACAAGAAAUUUACGACACAAUUUAACACCCUAUGAAGAAGCUACUUCUGAUGAUAUAAAACAAUUAUUUGUAGAACAUCAAAAAUUAUUUUCACAUGAUGACUAUGAUUAUAUUGAAUGGUCAAUGGUAGGAGAUGAUCUCCUUGAAAAACGACGCAAAUUUCGUCAAGCUAUUGAUUUAUACAAGACUUAUGACAAUCAUCAUUUAGUAUCAAAAUUAUUAGUUGAAGUUAUUCAUUAUUAUCUUAAUGAAUAUCUGAUGAAUCAAAAUAAUGAUAAUGUCAAUUCGAAAGAUGAAAUCAUCCGCAAACAAAUUGAAACUAUUGAAGGAUAUUUUAAAGAAGCUAUAGAAAAACAAGAUUAUUUAACAUAUUUUAUAAAAGCUUAUACAUUAACAAAUUUUUUUUAUAAAGUAUUAAAUAAAGAUUUAGCUCUGUAUAUAUUAGAAUAUUUUGAUACAACAAAAACGUUUUCAUCAAAUUAUCGUCUUGUAAAUUGUCUUGUUCACAUUGUUACACUCUUAAUUCAUCAUCCAAAUUUACCUAAAUAUCAAUAUCAAGGUGUAUGUUAUCGUGGUAUGAGAAUAACAAAAAAUGAUUUAGAUCAAUAUCAAUUAGAUCAGCACAUAUUAAAUCGUGCAUUUUUAUCAACAUCUAUUGAUCCCCAAGUAGCUGAAAUGUUUGCUGGUGUAGGACAACAAUCUCAAAUGAGAUAUACUCCUCAAGAUCAUUGUGCAUUACAAUAUUCAUGUUUAUGUCGAUAUUUAAUAAAACAAAAGUCAACAGCUAUCGAUGUACAAAGUUUAUCAACGAGACCGGAUGAAAAAGAAAUUUUGAUUCUUCCAUUUAUAGUUUUUAAAGUAAUUGCAAUUAAACGAAAUUAUCUCGAUGACUCCACAGCAUCAAUUUCAAUUGAAAUUGAAUUAGAAGAAUGUGAAGAUUCAAAUGACGACAAAAAGGAAUUAGAAAAUAGUCAAACAUCAAGAUCAUCAUCAUUGUCAUUAUCUGAUGAUGUUAUCAAAAAUACUGAAGAAUAUGUAAAAGUUAAAGAGCAAAAUUAUCUUCUUUAUGGCGUCAUUGGACUUUUAAUAUUAGCUAUUGUUGGAUUUUUCAUAUUAGGUAUGUUUGUUGCUAUUGCCGGAAAAUUUAGCGAAAUUCAAAUUCAUGGUAGAAUUUCAUUUUCAUUAAGAAUAUUUGGUAUAUUAACAAGUAUUGUAACAAUUAUUGUACUUCAAAGAAAAAGUUUUCGAACACCAACAAACUUAAUUCUACAACAUGUGGCAUUUUUUGAUACAGUUGUAUUAAUAUCAUAUAAUAUUUAUUCAUUAUAUUUUCAUAUUCUUCAUCAACCAAAUUCAUCUUUUGGCCAAUCACAAUUCUGGCCACGUUUUGCUAUAUUUAAUAUUAAUAUUAGUUCAACUGCACAUUCUAUUGCAUUAUGGUUAACCUGUCUUCUAGCUAUUAUUCGAUAUACAAUAAUAUCAAAACCUAAACAAGUAGUAGUGAAUACAAGUCAUGUGAUAAUUCUUGUUUGGAUCGUUGCUCUUCCAAUAUGUUUAUUAAUGAUAAUAAUUUACUUAAUAUGGAAUAUUAUUGAUCAAUCUGCUUAUGUAUAUCCUCCUGAAUUAUAUACUGAAAAUUCUACAGAAACGGUCUAUCGGGUUAGGACACCAACCGGUGAAAGAUUAGAAAAAAUCAUUUUUGUUAUAAUGGCAUUAUGUUUUGAAAUUUCACCUGUUUUUAUCUUAAUUAUAUUCAGUGUAUUAUUAAUAUUAAAUAUUCAUCAUGCUCGUCAAUUACAUAAACGUUUUCGUCGUCGUUAUUCAUCUGUAUCAUCAGCAUCAGCAUCAGCAUCAAGUUUAAAACGUGAAUUACGAACAACAACAAUGCUUGUAUUUAUAACAUUAUUUACUGCACUUGUUGAACUUCCUCAAAGUCUUUUUAUUAUUGGUAGUGGAAUUGAUAAAGAUUUUUUUCUCCGAUAUUUACAUUUGGGUAAUAGAUGGGAUAUAAAAUCAAUUGGUACAUCAUUUAUAACAUUUAUUAUAUAUUGUUUAACGUCUCAACAAUUUCGUAUGGAAAUGUAUAAACUUAUAUUACCUAAAUGUUUUAGAAAAAAACUCAAUUUAAAAACAAAUAAUCAUCUUCUAACUAAUGGAAUUACUUUAAAACGAAGAGGAACAAGAACACAUACGACUUUAAUAUCGCCAGGGGCAAUAGCAAUUCCACAAGAUCUUUAA